AUGGGUUGGUGGUCAUUAGGUCCCGAAGAUGAAGAAGAAAUGAUGGACAUGCCUCCCCCACCCCCGUCGCGACGGGCCCGUGGAGGUGCUGGGCGUGUUCCAGGAGGACGAGGUGGAGCCGGACGUGUUCCCCCCGAACGACCAUCUAGAGAAAAGAAGCGUAGCUCUUCCCCAGGAAAGUCCAAGAGGAAAAAGAGCCCAGAGAAGAAGAAGUCCAAGGUUGUGGUUGCCGCACCCGAGGAAGAAGAACCCAAUCUCUUCGCUUCUAUUGGUCGCAUGGUGAGCAGUGGCACUGCACCCAGACAAUCUAGUGAUGCUUCAACUAUUGGAACUGCGAAGUACCCAGGAGCCAAUGGAGUCCCCGUCAGGGCCUCUUCCAACGCUAACGAAGCAGCUCGCCGUGCCAACGAGAUGGCCAACGCUAUGGCCUGGUUGACCAACCCCGCCGCUGCUGGCGCCGAAGAAGAAGAGCCAGAGCCAGAAGCUGGAGCCGAUCUAUUCGGAGAUGCUGGAAAUUGGUGGGAAUCUGAAUUCGAUGCCGACGAGGCCGACGAUAUGUCUCUUUUCUCCAAUAACUCUUCCCUUCAAACUGAGGAUAUGCCCGAUCUCAUGGCCCUUCUAAUGCAUCGUCAAGAUGAGACAGAGAAUGAGAAGAGCAAGAAAAAGGCCAGCAAGGCUGAAGCUCGAAAGGCUGAGUACCAACAGGCUGAGCAGGCCAAAUCCAAGGCUGAGGCCAAAUCCAAGGCUGAGGCCAAGAAGAAGGCUGAGGCCAAGAAGAAGGCUGCCGCCAAGAAGAAAGCUGAGGCCAAGAAGAAAGCUGAGGCCAAGAAGAAGGCCGCCAAGAAAGCUGCUAAGAAGGCCGCCAAGGAACAAGAAGUCGACGAGUCCGAAUCGGAGCCCGCAAUGGAAGAAGAAACUUACGAUCCAAUUGCUGCUUUGGCUUACGAUGAUGACGAAGAGGAACCCCGCACAAAGGAACUCAGUGACACCUUGAAGUGGUGGUCUACCUACAAUGAAGAUGAUGUUGAGAAGGCUACCGAAGACUUUGACGAUCUGGACUCCAUGAAGAAGGUUGUCGGAUGGUGGUCUUCCAACGAGGACUAUAGGCCUCCUAGCGACAAGAAGUUCAACGCUGACACCAAGAAGGCAAUGAAGGUCAACAAGGCCUUCGACGCCUACAAGGUCGAAUCCAAGGAGCUUUCUGCAGAAAAGAAAGCCAAGGAACUUGAAUCCUCUCUCAAGUGGUUGCAAGAUAGUACCACCAAGUAUACUGAGGAUGCUGCCGAAUUCGAAUACAACCAAGGAACCUUCAAGAAGGUCAAUGAUCUAUUUGGACAAUGGACUCCAAAGGGAGUUCCAUCUCUUGAUUGGGAAAGCUAUGAUCCCAGAGAAGACCCCAAGGACGCUGAAUCGCGUGCGAAGGACUUGAAGGGAUCUCUCAGUCUCGUCUUGAGUGGUGCAUUCGACACUAAUCAUCCCAACUACAACUGUGCCGCGAUCAACCGAAUGAAGGAUCUCUUUGCCGACUGGAAGUUGAAGGAAAACGAUGGAGUCGAGGAAUUGGACGAUGCUCUUAGCUGGUGGAAACUCAAUGCUAUCAAGUACGACCCUCUCACCGCUUCCGCCGAUGAAACCGACAUGUAUCUCAAGUCCAAGAAGAUGCUUGCGAUGUUCGGGCUAAAGGAAGGCGACGAAUGGAACAAGCGCAACCAAGAGAUUGAAGAAGCUAUGUCUUUGUGGAAAAAGUACAAGGGAAAAUCUUUGGACGACCUUGAUGAGCCCACUGUUGGAAAGAUGAAGAAGGUCAAGGAUGCUCUUCUACAAAUCAAGCGUGAUUCCCUUGGCAUGUCUGAUAUGAAGUACAUGGCCAAGGAAAUGGAUGAUGCCCUAGACUGGUACCUCGACAAGGGUUACAAGAUCGAGGAUUUGUCGAAGGUCAACAAGAAGUACAGGUCCAGCUUCAAGAAGGCACAAGCUCUCAUGGGUCUCUGGGGAAAGAAGGCCGAUCCUUCUCCCGAUCAACUCAAGGAGAUCGCGGAGUCUCUCAUCUCUCUUCGCCGCAACAAGUACAAUCCAGAGAUUUUCGACAAGUUCGACGGAGAAGAAGGAGCUAAGUACCAACGACUCCAAGAAGCAAUGAUUGAUUGGAGACUGAAGGGAGCCGAAUCCGAUACCAUCACCUCUGAUGAAGGCGAGGCUCUUGCCCGUGGAAUUGAGAAUGCAAUGGAUUGGUGGGUUGCCAACGGAGAGAACUUUGACUUUGAAACUGCUGACAAGGAGCAAAUCUUCAUGGCUCAAAUGGUCAAGAGCACCUUGGAAAUGUGGAUCCCAUUGGGUCCGGACGAUGCUUUCACCUACAAGAAGUCAAGAGAUGCAGUGGAUGAGAUCAAGGAAGUUCUCGCCCUCUACCGUGAUAAUGGCAAAAACUUUGAUGUUGCUAGUUUGAAGGUCAAGUCUGGAGAGAGAGCUUCUCUUUUGAAAUUGAAGGAUGCUAUGUUGCAAUGGCGCAGAGGAAAUGCCACCAUCAUUUCCGAAGUAGAAUCCGAGCAAACUGUCAAGGAGAUGAUCAACGCCAUGAACUGGUGGAAGAAGAAGGGCAAGGACUACGAUGUUGUCGCCGACCGUAUGGAGACUGUUCCAGUUAUGCUCCGCCACAAGGAAGCUACCAACGCGCUUGAAGAAUUCCACGAGGACUUUGGUGCUCCUAACCAAACUCCAUUCAAGUGUCUUUCCCGCAAGGAACAAAAGAAGGUCGUCAAGGAACUUGACGAAUCUGUUUCUUGGUGGAAGCGAUCUGGAAAGAAGAUUGAUACCACUCAAGCUGAAGAGGACUUCGAGAUGUUUGGGAAGGCUCAUCGCCUCAGCCAAAUGUGGUCCAAGGCCAACAUGACUGAAGACGAACGCGAGAAGUUGUGUGAGGAGAUCAGUGCUGAUAUCAACUGGUUACGCAAGAAGAGCAAGUCUAUGGACCUUGACUCUGUGCCCGGGGACAAACCCAAGAUGUUGCGAGAGCUAUUCAAGACCUGGGACAGCCCAAUUGAGCGCACUGCAAAGGCAACCGCCAAGGACAUCGAGGGUGCUAUCUCUUGGUGGCGAGGCAAUGGUUUCGAACCUGAAGCAACCAGUUCAAUCCGUUCUGACAAUGAGAAGAUUGAAAAGCUUGUUCGCAUGGUUCACCAAUAUGCUGACUUCAAGAACAAAGAAUCAUCCGAUCUAUCGGACAUGGCUUGGUUCCGCAAGGAGAAGAUCCAAGAAAUCAGCGAUACUUUGGAAAUUUUCGAUGCUGAUGCAGUUGACGCACCCAAGUCUGAUUUUGCAGCCUUUACUCCUGCGGCUUCCGAGGAACAGAAACGCGCUCAAGAGAUGUCAAGUGCACUUGAUUGGCUUCGCAGCAACGAUGCCGACCUUGACAUUGAUGAUGAGAUGUCUCUUGCUCUUUCUGUUGCAACUUUCAAGAAGAUUGAUGCUCUAAUGCCAAAGACUGGAGAUGCUUCCGAGAAGCCCACAACUAUGGGUAGUGCUCUUGAUUGGCUCCGUUCAAAGACUGAUGUCGAUGACGAAACAGUAUCUAGCUUCAAGAAGAUCGACACUGUGCUCACACGAAGUGGUGCAUCAGAAUCGAUCGCUGCCGGAGGUUUCGGAGGUGCUUUGGACUGGCUCCGUCAGAGACAAGCAGAGAAGGCCGCCUCCGAUGUUGAUGCUGAAUCUACUGGCCGAGGUGAUCUUGCAGGCUUCGCAGGCGUUUCUGCAAUGCCAAAGAGUGACGAAGAGAAAAGAGCGGAUCAAAUGGCCAGUGCGUUGGACUGGCUCCGCAGCAACGACAUUGCCGAAGAUGUGUCGGUCGGUAGCGGAAUUGGUUCUCUUGGUAGUGGAUAUGGUUCUGUUGGUGUUUUCCAUAAGGUUGGAGGAGCUGACGAUUCUCAAGCCCCUCCUAGUGCUCUUGACUGGUUGCGUUCUCAAGCCGCAAAGAACGAUAAGGUUGGAGAUGAUGGUACUGAAGGAAUUGGCUCCAUGUCUGGUCGAUCUUUGACAGCCGAACAAAAACGUGCUAACGAGAUGACGAAUGCUCUCGACUGGUUGCGAGCGACCGAGGCUGAUGGCGCUGUUAGCAAUGAUGGUGAACAAGAGUUCAGCGCCGUCGGAGCUUUUGAACCUCUAAAUCUGGUUGGAAGUGCAGAGAACAGAUCCCGAGAGAUGGACAAUGCUAUGGCUUGGAUGAGAGAUGAUUCGCCAACUGAUGAUGACACUGGUGACAUGUCUUUAUUUGGCAUGGAAGGUGGCUUGAAACCGAUGUCAGCAGAAGAGAAGAAGGCGAUGCAAAUGAACAAUGCUUUGGAUUGGUUGCGAAGCAAUGGCGCUGACUUUGGUGAUACUGCAAUGCCAGAUUUCAGCACGACCGAUCAACUAUCUGCCGGUGUUUAUGGUCGCAGCAACGAAGAUAUCGCAUUCGAUCGAGACCGUGCAUUUGAUUGGCUUCGUGACAAAGAUCCAAAUGAGCUAUCUGCUCUGGAUGACCCUUUCGGCAUCUCUGCAAGUACUCAGUUCAAGUCUGCGGAAAUGAAGAAGUCAGAAGAAAUGAAUGAUGCACUUGCUUGGCUGAGAACAAACGGAGCAGAUUUCGGAGAUGAGAACACCCCAGACAUCUCAUUCGAUGCCUUCAAUGUUGAUAGCUUUGCUCCUGCAUCCCGAGAAGUCAGAGACAAGGACCGCGAUGAAGCUCUUAACUGGCUACGUGGAGGCUAUGCUGGUGCUGAUACCGAAGAUGCUUCUAUCGCCAAGUUUAAGCAGCUCGAUGGAAUUCUUCCAAAGAGAGAAGGGCAAACCGAAGACGCCCGUGCAAUCGAGAUGGAGAACGCUUUGAACUGGUUGAGAGGAAACGGUGUCGAUGUUGACGACGAAGAAUUUGAUUUCGAUUCGUUUGAUGCGAAGCCUCAGAAGCAUUCGGCUGCCCGUUCUCUCGAAUCGCGGUACAAUGAGCGUGAUGACGCACUCAGCUGGCUUCGUGGAGCCCAUAGAGAUAUGACGGAUGAUUCUUCUGCCUCCGUCUUCAGUAAGAUUGAUGCGGUUUUGCCAAGAAAGGAAGGGCAAACAGAAUAUGCUCGUGCUACUGAAAUGGAGAAUGCUCUGAACUGGUUGCGAGGCAACGGUGUUGAUGUCACCGAUGAUUCGAUUGGAGUUGAUGCAUUUGAUUUUGAACAACUUGGCCAGCAAUCAUCAAUCUUGAGAAGCAGCGAGGAUCGGGACAAGAUCAGAGAUGAUGCUCUAAGUUGGCUCAGAAGCGAUGGCUACGACCAGGAGGAUGAAGACUCUGCGUUCAAGAGGCUUGAUAUGAUUCUGCCGAAGAAGGACCACCAAUCGCAAGAGGACCGUGCGAAGGAAAUGGAAACUGCUUUGGACUGGCUUCAUCAUAAUGGUGUUGAUGUCUUUGACGAAGUUGGAUCGCCAUCUUUCGAAAAGCUGUCGCUUUUGCCCACUGCUGGGAAAACAAGAGAGACAUUUGAUCACAAGGACGUUGAUGUCAUGAUGAACUGGUUGCGUGGAGAUAAAGAUGAAAAUCUUGAUCCCAUCGGAGUUUUCACAAAGCUUGAUGAGUCCGUGACAAUGAAGCCAGGCCAGUCUAUGGAAAAUCGGGCAAUUGACCUGGUUAAAUCUCUCAAUUGGAUGAGAUCUAAGGGACUUCUCGAAGACUACGAAGCUGUACCUUCAAAGAAAUCCAAGAAAAGCAAGUCGAAGAAGGUGAAGGCUGUGGUUCCAUCCGAUCGUACUCCAAAGCAAAGAUCGAAAGAUCUCGAAAAGAUUUUGCAAUGGAUGCGUAAAGGAAAGGGAAAAGGUCAGAAGAAGGAAGACAAAUACGAUCCUGCCGGGGAGUACCGUAAGUUGGAUAGCAUGCUGCCAAAGAAGAAGGGCGAGACACCCGAAGAUCGUGCACUAGAAAUUGAAGGUGCUCUCGACUGGCUCCGUAGCCAAGAUGAUGCCGCCGAGGAGGUCACUGAACCGGUGGUUGAUUUCAGCAAGUUCGGAGCUGUUCCUAUCUGUAAGCGAAGUCCAGAGGAUCGUCUAAAGGAACUACAAGAUGUUAUGAACUGGGCUCGAAACAAGGGGAAAGGAAAGAAGGACAAGUAUGAUCCAAGCGGAAACUUCCGCAAGUUGGAUAAACUACUGCCCAAGAAGCGCGGGCAGACAUCUGAUGAUCGCGCAAGAGAGAUUGAAGGCUUUAUGGAUUGGAUGAGAAAUUCAGAAGUCAUGCCCGAGGAAUCUACCGAUAUUCCCGAGUUCGACAAACUUGAGUCCUUCAAUGUCUCUCGCCGUACUCCAGAGCAACGCGCAAAGGACUUGGAUGAUGUCAUGAUGUGGAUGCGCCAAAAGGGAGAUGCUGAUGAGAAAACAGAUCCUACUGGAGAUUUCCGCAAGUUGGAUUCGAUUUUGAAGGCCAAAAAAGAUCAAUCAAGUGAAGACCGUGCCAGAGAGAUUGAGGGCGCACUUGACUGGUUGCGAAACUCUGACUCCGAGGAAGCUGUGCUCGGAACUACGGAAGAUGUUGAGAAUAUUGCCAAUAUGCCAAUCUGUGUUAAAUCUCCAGAGCAAAGAAAAUCUGAUCUCGAGAACGCACUUGAUUGGGUCCACAAAGGAAAGAAGGACAAGCAUGACAGGCUAGGAGAAUUCCGUAAGAUCGAUCAGCUGCUACCAAAGAAGAAGGGACAAAAGCCUGAAGACCGAGCUCGUGAAAUCGAACAAGCACAAGAUUGGGCUCGAAGCAAGGGAGUCGAUCUAUUUGAUCCUACUGAACAAGCUCCCUUCAAGAACGCAGAGCUUGCCUCGUUUGCACGCCGAACACCAGAGCAACGAGUUAAGGAUUUGCAAGAUGUCACGAACUGGAUGCGUAAUAAGGGCAAGGAUGAUGAAAUGCUUGAUCCUACUGGCGAUUUCAGGAAGCUAGACGCUGUGUUGCCACGCAAACGUGGGCAGAAGGGAGAAGCCCGAGCAAGGAUGAUCGAAGGUGCCUUGGACUGGUGCCGCGGUCCAGCAGGUACACCCUAUGUUGGUAGUCAAGUGCCUUCAAUGGAAAAGCUACCAUUUGCUCCAGUAGCACGUUUCUCACCAGAACAGAGAUCUAAGAACCUUGAUGACGCCCUCAACUGGGUGCGUUCAAAGGGCAAGGAUGACAAGUAUGAUCCCCAUGGAGAGUUCAAGCGUGUGGAUGCUUUGCUACCUAAGAGACGAGGUCAAUCGAAGGAGGACCGUGCUCGAGAGAUCGAAGCUUCUCUUGACUGGAUGCGAAACAACGGCGUUUCUCCAACAGACGAAGAUGUAUUUGGCGCCUUCAAGAAGAUUGGAAGCAUCCAAACUUCUCGCCGCACACCUGAGCAGAGAUCAAAGGACCUUUCAGAAGCCAUGAACUGGCUCCGCAACAAAGGAGAGGAUGAUGAUACUUUCGAUCCAACUGGAGAGUUCCGCAAGUUGGACUCCAUGCUUCCGCAAAAGAAGAAGCAGUCCUUUGAAGAGCGUGCUAGAGAUUUAGAGUGCUCUCUAGACUGGGCCAGAGGAAAUUCUGUCAGUGGAGUUGAAGAGGAAGAGCUGCCUUCUCUAGAGAAGUUUGGAGCUCCUCAAUUCUCUCGACGCACUCCUGAGCAGCGUGCCAGAGAUCUCCAAGAUGCCUUGAACUGGUUACGCAAUAAGGGCAAGGAUGACGCAAAGCACGACGCUACAGGCGAAUUCCGCAGGGUUGAUCAGAUUUUGCCAAAGAAAAAGGGACAAACAAGAGAACAACGAGCUCGUGAAAUUGAGGGAGCGCUUGAUUGGAUGCGCGAUAUUGGACUAUCUCUUGAUGAUGAAGAGGCUGUAAGCACAUUCAAAAAGACCGAAUGUGCACACGUUUCUCGUCGCACGCCUGAGCAACGUGGAAAGGACCUGCAUGAUGCCCUCAACUGGAUGCGAAACAAGGGAAAUGAAGACGAUUUCUAUGAUCCAACUGGAGAAUUUCGCAAGUUGGAUGCUUUGUUGCCAGACAAGGUUGGAGUAUCUUCUGGUGAGCGUGCCCGUGAAGUUGAAGGCGCGCUUGAUUGGCUACGAAACCAUGAGGAAAGAGAUGCCAGCCUCGAUGGCGUUACUUCUAUUGCUACCCUUCUCUCUGUUCCAAUUUCUCGAAGAUCACCCGGGGAGCGUGAAGAGGAUGUCGAGAAAGCUCUCAACUGGUUGCGAAAUGGCAAGCUUCCCUCGGAUGAUCCAACAGGUAACUUCAAGAGAGUUGAUAUGCUCUUGCCUGAGAAAAAGAAGAGUGACAGUGAGAAGAAACGCGCUCAAGACAUCGAGAGUGCUCUUGACUGGAUGCGUAACAGCGGAGUUUCCCCCGCUGAUGAGCAUGCCGUGGAUGAGAUGAAGACAUUUGGUAUCGUAUCUAUCUCUCAACGAACACCUGAGCAAAGAUCGCAAGACUUGAAUGACGUUCUUACCUGGCUUCGCUCGAAGGGUGCAAAGGAUGCCGUCCUCGAUCCCACCAAACUCUUCCGCCAGAUCGACGCGUUCCUUCCAGCUCGUAAGAACCAAAGCCAAGAAGAUCGUGCCCGCGAAAUCGAAGGAGCCCUUGAUUGGAUUCGCAAUAAUGGAGUUGAGAACCGAUUGGAUGACGCACUCACUGAGUUCAGCAAGCUUGGAACUGUUCCUGUCACUCGCCGAACUCCAGAAGAGCGAAUGAAUGACGUUGACAACAUUUCCGGCUGGAUGCGCAACGGAAAGGAUUCUUCCAUGGAUCCUACCGGAGAAUUCAAGAGAAUCGAUCAAAUGCUUCCUAGGAAGAAGGGACAGAAGCCUGAAGACCGUAUUCGUGAUAUUGAGUGUGCCUUGGACUGGAUGAGAAACAAGAGCUUCACUCCAAGCGAAAUCGAUGGAUUCGAGCCAGGAUUCAGUGCAGUUGGAACCAUCCCAUUGACUCGCCGCACUCCUGAAGAACGUAAGAAGGAUUUGGAUGGCGUCAUGAACUGGAUGCGUAACGGCAAGCAAGAGAGCGAAGACCCAACUGGAGACUUCAAGCGAAUUGAUCAAAUGCUUCCAAAUAAGAAGCGUGGUCAAAGUGGUGACGAACGUGCCAGAGAGAUCGAAGGUGCACUUGACUGGAUGCGAAACAAGGGUGUCAGUCCAGUUGACCCCUCUUCUGUUCCUGGUUUCAGUCCAACUGAUGCCUCUCACUCUGUCCAACGUCGCACUCCUGAUGAGCGAAGCCAAGAACUGGAUAACAUCAUGCAGUGGAUGCGUAAGGGCAAGAAUGAUGAAGACGACCCAACUGGUGAAUUCAAGAGAAUCGACCAAAUGCUUCCCAAGAAGAAGGGUCAAAGUCCUCGCCAACGCUGCAACGAGAUUGAAAGUGCUUUGAACUGGUCACGAAACCAGGGUGCUGUUCCAGCUGAUGUAGACGAGUCUAUCCCUGCUUUUGAGAGCCUUGGUUCUGUUCCGAUCUCUUGCCGUUCACCAGAAGAAAGAGAAAAGGAUGCUGACCGUAUUCUUUCUUGGUUGAGGAGUGACAAGGAUGCUUCUUUGGAUCCAUCUGGUGACUUCAAGAGGGUUGAUCAACUUCUUCCUUCGAAAAAGAAGCAAAAGUCCAGAGACCGCGCCCGUGACCUCGAGGGUGCCUUGGACUGGAUGAGAAAUCACGGAGUGUCCCCAGAAGAUGAGGACUUCGCCGAGAAAUUCGAAAAACUUGGUUCCAUUCCCAUGACCCGCCGCACUCCUGAGGAUCGUAAGAAGGAAAUGGACGACAUCAUGAACUGGUUGCGCAAUGGAAAGUCCGACUCUGAGGAUCCAACUGGAGACUUCAGUCGUAUCGACCAAAUGUUGCCCACGAAGAAUGGACAGAAAGCUGAGGAUCGUGCUCGUGAGAUCGAAGGUGCUCUUGAUUGGUUGAGAAGCAACGCUAUUUCUUUGAGCCAAGAUGAAGACUCAGAAUCUCCCCUCGAACAGUUCUCUUUCGUUUCCAUGUCCAAGCGCUCUCCAGAGGAUCGAAAGCGUGAGGAAGACAAGAUAUAUUCUUGGCUUAGAAAUGGACAAGAUGAGUCGCUUGAUCUAACAAGUGAGUUCAAGCAAGUUGACCAAAUGCUUCCAACCAAGAAAGGACAAAGUCCCAGAGAUAGAGCUCGUGAAGUCGAAGGUGCUCUUGACUGGAUGCGUAAUAACGGAUUGGUUCCAGCUCUUGAUGAUGGUGCUGUUGGCAAAUUUAGCAAGCUCGGUUCCGUUCCAGUUUCUCGGCGCACUCCUGAAGAUCGAAGCAAGGAUAUUGACAAUGCAUUGAACUGGCUUCGAAGUGGCAAACCAGAUGCAAAGGACGAAUCCGGUGAUUUCAAGAAGAUCGACCAGAUGUUGCCCAAGAAGCAAAAGCAAGAGCCAGAGGAUCGAGCCCGUGAGAUUGAAGGUGCACUUGAUUGGAUGAGAAAUCACGGUGUUGCAGUGAACGAUGUUGAAGCAGCAGAUGGAUCUUUCAACAAAGCACCAUCCAUUCCUCUCACGAGACGCAGCCCUGAAGAAAGAAAGCAAGAUAUCGACGAUGUACACAACUGGCUUCGAAACGGAAAGAACGACUCUGAUGAUCCAACUGGCGACUUCAAGCGAAUCGAUCAGCUUCUUCCAAAAAAGAAGAAAAGCCAGAAGGCCAAGAGCCGUGCUCGGGAUGUUGAAAGCGCUCUAGACUGGAUGCGAAACCACGAUGUCUCCCCAACCGAGGAGGAUAGUGAUACUUUCGAGAAGUUGUCUUCUAUCCCCAUUUCGGUUCGAACUCCAGAAGAGAGAAAAGAGGCUCUUGAUUCUGUCAGCUCUUGGCUCCGCAACGGAAAAUCGGAUUCUGAUGACCCAACUGGAGACUUCAAGAGAAUCAACCAGCUAUUGCCAGCCAAGAAGAAUCAGCCAACUAUGGAAAGGGCACGACAGAUCGAAGGAGCACUCGACUGGAUGCGCAACCACUCGGUUGCUCCUUCUACCACCGACGAUGUUGAAUCGCCAUUCAACAAGACAUCUAGUGUGCCAAUGACUCGUCGUACCCCAGAGGAGAGGCUCAUAGACAUGGGCGACAUCAUGAACUGGUUGCGCAACGGAAGGACCGAGUCUGAGGAUCCAAGUGGAGACUUCACUCGUAUCGACCAAAUGUUGCCGAAGAAGAAUGGACAAAAGCCAGAGGAUCGCGCUCGUGAUAUCGAGGGAGCUCUUGACUGGUCAAGGAAUAAAGGAUUGCAACUUGCCGAUUAUGAUGAUAUCAUUCCUGGGUUCAGUAAGCCUGGAUUGCUUCCCAUGUCUUGCUGCACACCGGAGGAAAGAAAAAAGGAAGCUGAUUCUGCUUUGAAUUGGAUUCGCAACGGCAAGGCGUCAUCUGAUGACCCAACAGGUGCUUUUAAGAGAAUCGAUCAAAUGCUGCCACCUUCAAGUGCAAGUGAAGGCGAUGUAUCUUCGCCUUUUGAGACUAUUGCUUCGCUUCCACUCUCGCACCGCACACCAGAAGAACGUAAAGAAGAGAUUAAUGCAGUUCUCAACUGGAUGAGAAGCAAAAAGGACGAUUCUCUUGAUCCUACAGGUGAAUUCAAGAGAAUGGAUCAAGCACUGGCAUCAAAGAAGAACCAAAGCUCAAUGGAUCGUGCCAGAGAGAUCGAAGGAGCCUUGGACUGGAUGAGAAACAAGGGAGUGCAACCAAGCGAUGAUGAUGAAUUGAUCCCUGGUUUCAAUAAGCCUGGUUCUAUUCCUGUCACCCGUCGCACGCCGGAGGAACGGUUGGGAGAUGUUGAUGCUGCCAUGAACUGGUUGCGCAACGGAAAAUCUGAGUCUGACGACUCAUCUGGUGAAUUCAAGCGCAUCGACCAAUUGCUGCCAAGAAAGGGAAACCAAUCUCAAAAGGAUCGUGCACAUGAGAUUGAGCGCGCUCUUGAUUGGAUGAGAAAUAAUGACGUCGAUGCUGAUUCUAACUUCGAAGAUAUCAUGGAAUUUGGAACUACUGAAUCAUUGUCUGUCAGUCUCCGUACCCCUGAAGAGAGAUCAUCGGAUGUUAACGACAUCACUGCCUGGUUGCGCAACGGAAAGGCCGAGUCUGAUGACAGAACUGGAGACUUUACUCGUGUCGACCAGAUGUUGCCCAAGAAGAAGGGACAGAAACUUGAGGAUCGUGCUCGCGACAUUGAAGCUGCUCUUGAUUGGAUGAGAAACAAGGGCGUGGUCGUCGGUGACGAUCAAGCACCAACCGAAUUUUCGAAGAUCGGAUCAGUUCCUAUCUCUCGUCGCACACCAGAGAAGAGAAUGGAAGAUCUAGCCGACAUCAUGGCAUGGAUGCGUAACAGCAAGAGCGAAUCUGCUGACCUCAGUGGUGAAUUCAAGCGCAUCGAUCAGUUGCUUCCAAAGAAACGUGCUCAAAGUCAAGAAGACCGUGCUCGUGAUAUCGAAGGUGCCCUUGACUGGAUGCGAAACACAGGAGUCGCACCUGCUGAAGACUCUAGUGUGCCUGCUGCAAGCAUUGCCCCAGAAGGGAAGGGUGUAUCAAAGCGAACACCUGAGCAAAGGGCAAAGGAUCUUCGUGAUGUCAUGAACUGGAUACGUAAUCCUCAAGACGAAUCUUUGGACCCAACUGGUGAUUUCAGCAAAAUUGACUCGAUUCUUCCAAAGAAACGUGCUCAGUCAAAACGUGAAAGAGCUCUUGAGAUCGAAAAUGCUCUUGAUUGGGUCCGAAAUACGUCUGCUUUCCCUGGAUAUGAUUCAGAGAACGUAUCUGACUUUGCCCAGCUCGGAUCUAUCCCAGUUUCAAGACGAUCGCCCGAGGAAAGAGAAGAUGAUGUUAAUGAUAUCCUUUCUUGGAUUCGUGGUGAAAAGAGUGGCUCUUUGGACCCUACAGGAGAGUUCAAGCGCAUCGACCAAUUGUUGCCAAGGAAGAAAAAACAGACUCCCAAGAGCAGAGCUCGUGAUAUGGAAUCCGCGUUGGAUUGGAUGCGAAACAAUGGCGUUUCUUCCGAUGACGUUGACAUCGUGGAUAAGUUCAACACAAUGAGCUCAAUUCCUCUCUCACGUCGUUCUCCUGAAGAGCGGAAGAAAGAUGUUGACAACAUCUUGUCAUGGAUCCGAAGCGGGAAACCCGAGGAAGGAAGCGAAAUCGCCAUCUUCAAGAAGGUCGAUCAAAUGUUGCCCAGCAAGCAGAAGCAGUCUGCAAGGGAUAGAGCUCAAGAGAUCGAAGGUGCUCUUGAUUGGAUGCGUAACAACAACGUUGAAUUGGACAUGGAUGCGGAUGUUCCUGCAUUCCAGCAACUACAACCGAUCCCUCUUUCUCGAAGAACUCCAGAAGAGCGAAAGGAAGACGUGAACAGCGCUUUGAACUGGUUGCGAAAUGGAAAAUCUGAAGACUUGGAUCCGACAGGAGAAUUCAAUCGAAUCGAUCAGAUGUUGCCCACCAAGAAUGGACAAUCCAACGAGGAGCGCGCACGGCAAAUUGAAGGUACCGUUGAUUGGAUGAGGAAUCAAGGUAUUAAGUCAAGCGAAGACACCGAGGACCUCCCCGGAUUCGAGAAGCUUUCAUCAGUACCAAUUAGCAUGCGGACUCCUGAGGAAAGAUCUGCUGAUGUUAACAAAGCACUGAACUGGUUGCGAAAUGGCAAGCAAGAAUUAGAAGAUCCAAACGGUGACUUCAAGCAAAUUGAUCAACUGUUGCCCCAAAAGAAGCAAACAAAGGAGGAGAGAUCUAGAGAAAUUGAACGCGCCCUUGACUGGAUGCGCAACAACGGAGUUGGUCCAGAAGCCGCUCUUUCAGCCGAUGAUUUUAAUCGACUUCCAUCGAUUCCUGUCACCCGACGAACUCCAGAAGAACGAAUGAAUGACAUCGACAACAUUUCCAGCUGGAUGCGCAACGGAAAGGAUUCUUCUAUGGAUCCUACUGGAGAAUUCAAGAGAAUCGAUCAAAUGCUUCCUAAGAAGAAGGGACAGAAGUCUGAAGACCGUAUUCGUGAUAUUGAGUGUGCCUUGGACUGGAUGAGAAACAAGGGUGUUGCUCCAGAUGUCAACGAUGACUUCAAACCAGGAUUCAACAAGCUUGGAUCAGUUCCAUUGUCUCGCCGCACUCCCGAAGAACGCAAGAAGGAUUUGAAGGGCGUCAUGAACUGGAUGCGUAACGGCAAGCAAGAGAGCGAAGACCCAACUGGAGACUUCAAGCGAAUUGAUCAAAUGCUUCCAAAGAAGCGUGGUCAAAGUGGUGACGAACGUGCCAGAGAGAUCGAAGGUGCACUUGACUGGAUGCGAAACAAGGGUGUCAGUCCAGUUGACCCCUCUUCUGUUCCUGGUUUCAGUCCAACUGAUGCCUCUCACUCUGUCCAACGUCGCACUCCUGAUGAGCGAAGACAAGACCUGGAUAGCGUCAUGAAGUGGAUGCGUAAUGGCAAGAAUGGUGAAGAUGACCCAACUGGCGACUUCAAGAGAAUCGACCAGAUGCUUCCCAAGAAAAAGGGUCAAAGUCGAAAGCAGAGAGCUCAAGACAUUGAGCAUGCCUUGAAUUGGGUCAGAGACGGGCCUCAACCUGAUGAGGACAUCGACGAAUCUUUGCCGGAGUUCGAUACAUUGAAAUCCAUUCCACUUGCAACUAGAACUCCAGAGGAGAGACUGGAAGAUGUCGAUGCUCUUGUAUCUUGGCUUCGAAGUGGAAAGAAUGAACAAUUUGAUCCCACUGGAGCUUUCAAGCGUAUCGAUCAAGCAAUUCCGCAAAGAAAGAAGCAAAGCUUUGAAGACCGCGCUCGAGACCUCGAGGGUGCCUUGGAUUGGAUGAGAAAUCACGGAGUGUCCCCAGAAGAUGAGGACUUCGCUGAGAAGUUCGAAAAACUUGGCUCCAUUCCAGUGACCCGCCGCACUCCAGAGGAUCGUGAGAAGGAAGAAAACGACAUCAUGAACUGGCUGCGCAACGGAAAAGCAGAGUCCGAUGACCCAACAGGGGACUUCACUCGUAUCGACCAAAUGUUGCCCAAAAAGAAGGCACAAAAGUCCAAGGAUCGCGCUCGUGAGAUCGAAGGCGCCCUUGACUGGAUGAGAAGCAACGGAUUCUCGCCAGCUGACGAGGAUGAAACCAAAUCUCCCUUUGACACUCUUGCUUCAGUGCAAAUUUCUAAGCGAUCCCCAAAGCAACGCAUGAAUGAAGUUAAUGGUAUCAUGAACUGGAUGCGUAAUCCUCAAGAUGAAUCGUUAGACCCGACUGGAGACUUCACUAAGAUCGAUCAAAUCUUACCAAAGAAACAAGGGCAAACAAAGAAGGAUCGCGCUCGUGACAUUGAAGCUGCGGUAGACUGGAUGAGAAACAAUGAUGUCUCUGCUGAUGACGAAGAGUUUGUAGAUGAGUUCCAAAAGCUUGGAUCCAUCCCAAUGACUCGACGUACUCCUGAGGACCGUGAAAAUGAAGAGAACGAUAUCAUGAACUGGUUGCGCAACGGAAAGUCCGAAUCUGAUGAUCCAACCGGAGACUUUACUCGUAUCGACCAAAUGUUGCCCAAGAAGAAGGGACAAAAGUCCAAGAGCCGUGCUCGUGAGAUCGAAGGCGCACUUGAUUGGAUGAGAAGCAACGGCGUUUCUCCAAGUGAUGUUGAAGAAACUCCAGGAUUUGAAUCUGUUCCAUCGAUUCAGAUUUCUCGUCGUACCCCUGAGGGACGCAAGAACGAUGUGGAUGCUGUAAUGAACUGGAUGCGUACUGGAAAGUCUGACUCUGAAGAUCCAACCGGAGACUUCACCAAGAUUGACCAAAUGUUGCCACAGAAGAAGGGACAAAAGCCCGAGGAUCGCGCUCGUGAAAUCGAAAGUGCUUUGGAUUGGAUGAGAAACAAUGAUGUUUCGCCUGAUGACGAAGAGUUUGUAGAUGAGUUCCAAAAGCUUGGAUCCAUCCCAAUGACUCGUCGUACUCCUGAGGACCGUGAAAACGAAGAGAACGAUAUCAUGAACUGGUUGCGCAAUGGAAAAUCCGAAUCUGAUGAUCCAACCGGAGACUUUACUCGUAUCGACCAAAUGUUGCCCAAGAAGAAGGGACAAAAGUCCAAGAGCCGUGCUCGUGAGAUCGAAGGCGCACUUGAUUGGAUGAGAAGCAACGGCGUUUCUCCAAGUGAUGUUGAAGAAACUCCAGGAUUUGAAUCUGUUCCAUCGAUUCAGAUUUCUCGUCGUACCCCUGAGGGACGCAAGAACGAUGUGGAUGCUGUAAUGAACUGGAUGCGUACUGGAAAGUCUGACUCUGAAGAUCCAACCGGAGACUUCACCAAGAUUGACCAAAUGUUGCCACAGAAGAAGGGACAAAAGCCCGAGGAUCGCGCUCGUGAAAUCGAAAGUGCUUUGGAUUGGAUGCGAAACAAUGAUGUUUCGCCUGAUGACGAAGAGUUUGUAGAUGAGUUCCAAAAGCUUGGAUCCAUCCCAAUGACUCGCCGUACUCCUGAGGACCGUGAAAACGAAGAGAACGAUAUCAUGAACUGGUUGCGCAAUGGAAAAUCCGAAUCUGAUGAUCCAACUGGAGACUUUACUCGUAUCGACCAAAUGUUGCCCAAGAAGAAGGGACAAAAGUCCAAGAGCCGUGCUCGUGAGAUCGAAGGCGCACUUGAUUGGAUGAGAAGCAACGGCGUUUCUCCAAGUGAUGUUGAAGAAACUCCAGGAUUUGAAUCUGUUCCAUCGAUUCAGAUUUCUCGUCGUACCCCUGAGGGACGCAAGAACGAUGUGGAUGCUGUAAUGAACUGGAUGCGUACUGGAAAGUCUGACUCUGAAGAUCCAACCGGAGACUUCACCAAGAUUGACCAAAUGUUGCCACAGAAGAAGGGACAAAAGCCCGAGGAUCGCGCUCGUGAAAUCGAAAGUGCUUUGGAUUGGAUGAGAAACAAUGAUGUUUCGCCUGAUGACGAAGAGUUUGUAGAUGAGUUCCAAAAGCUUGGAUCCAUCCCAAUGACUCGUCGUACUCCUGAGGACCGUGAAAACGAAGAGAACGAUAUCAUGAACUGGUUGCGCAAUGGAAAAUCCGAAUCUGAUGAUCCAACCGGAGACUUUACUCGUAUCGACCAAAUGUUGCCCAAGAAGAAGGGACAAAAGUCCAAGAGCCGUGCUCGUGAGAUCGAAGGCGCACUUGAUUGGAUGAGAAGCAACGGCGUUUCUCCAAGUGAUGUUGAAGAAACUCCAGGAUUUGAAUCUGUUCCAUCGAUUCAGAUUUCUCGUCGUACCCCUGAGGGACGCAAGAACGAUGUUGAUGCUGUAAUGAACUGGAUGCGUACUGGAAAGUCUGACUCUGAAGAUCCAACCGGAGACUUUACCAAGAUCGAUCAAAUGUUGCCAAAGAAGAAGGGACAAAAUCCCGAGGACCGCGCUCGUGAAAUCGAAAGUGCUUUGGACUGGAUGAGAAACAAUGAUGUUUCGCCUGACGACGAAGAGUUUGUAGAUGAGUUCCAAAAGCUUGGAUCCAUCCCAAUGACUCGCCGUACUCCUGAGGACCGUGAAAAUGAAGAGAACGAUAUCAUGAACUGGUUGCGCAACGGAAAGUCCGAAUCUGAUGACCCGACCGGAGAAUUUACUCGUGUCGACCAAAUGUUGCCCAAGAAGAAGGGACAAAAGUCCAAGAGCCGUGCUCGUGAGAUCGAAGGCGCACUUGAUUGGAUGAGAAGCAACGGCGUUUCUCCAAGUGAUGUUGAAGAAGCUUACCCCGCUUUUGAUCCUCUCUCUUCGGUACAAAUUUCUAAGCGGUCCCCAAGACAACGAAUGAACGAUGUGGAUGCUGUAAUGAACUGGAUGCGUACUGGAAAGUCUGACUCUGAAGAUCCAACCGGAGACUUCACCAAGAUUGACCAAAUGUUGCCACAGAAGAAGGGACAAAAGCCCGAGGAUCGCGCUCGUGAAAUCGAAAGUGCUUUGGAUUGGAUGCGAAACAAUGAUGUUUCGCCUGAUGACGAAGAGUUUGUAGAUGAGUUCCAAAAGCUUGGAUCCAUCCCAAUGACUCGCCGUACUCCUGAGGACCGUGAAAACGAAGAGAACGAUAUCAUGAACUGGUUGCGCAAUGGAAAAUCCGAAUCUGAUGAUCCAAUCGGAGACUUUACUCGAAUCGACCAAAUGUUGCCUAAGCGGAAGGGACAAAAGUCCAAGAGCCGUGCUCGUGAGAUUGAAGGUGCUCUUGAUUGGAUGAGAAGCAACGGCGUUUCUCCAACUGACGUCGAAGAAUCACCUGAUUUUGAUUCUGUUCCAUCGAUCCAGAUUUCUCGUCGUACCCCUGAGGGACGCAAGAACGAUGUGGAUGCUGUAAUGAACUGGAUGCGUACUGGAAAGUCUGACUCUGAAGAUCCAACCGGAGACUUCACCAAGAUUGACCAAAUGUUGCCACAGAAGAAGGGACAAAAGCCCGAGGAUCGCGCUCGUGAAAUCGAAAGUGCUUUGGAUUGGAUGAGAAACAAUGAUGUUUCGCCUGAUGACGAAGAGUUUGUAGAUGAGUUCCAAAAGCUUGGAUCCAUCCCAAUGACUCGUCGUACUCCUGAGGACCGUGAAAACGAAGAGAACGAUAUCAUGAACUGGUUGCGCAACGGAAAGUCCGAAUCUGAUGAUCCAACUGGAGAAUUUACUCGUGUCGACCAAAUGUUGCCCAAGAAGAAGGGUCAAAAGUCCAAGAGCCGUGCUCGUGAGAUCGAAGGCGCUCUUGAUUGGAUGAGAAGCAACGGCGUUUCUCCAAGUGAUGUUGAAGAAGCUUACCCAGAUUUUGAUCCUCUCUCUUCGGUACAAAUUUCUAAGCGGUCCCCAAGACAACGAAUGAACGAUGUUGAUGCUGUCAUGAACUGGAUGCGUACUGGAAAGUCUGACUCUGAAGAUCCAACCGGAGACUUUACCAAGAUUGACCAAAUGUUGCCACAGAAGAAGGGACAAAAGCCCGAAGAUCGCGCUCGUGAAAUCGAAAGUGCUUUGGAUUGGAUGCGAAACAACGAUGUUUCGCCUGAUGACGAAGAGUUUGUAGAUGAGUUCCAAAAGCUUGGAUCCAUCCCAAUGACUCGCCGUACUCCUGAGGACCGUGAAAAUGAAGAGAACGAUAUCAUGAACUGGUUGCGCAAUGGAAAAUCCGAAUCUGAUGAUCCAACCGGAGACUUUACUCGUAUCGACCAAAUGUUGCCCAAGAAGAAGGGACAAAAGUCCAAGAGCCGUGCUCGUGAGAUCGAAGGCGCACUUGAUUGGAUGAGAAGCAACGGCGUUUCUCCAACAGAUGACCUCUCCUCUUCUUCUUUAGCCAAUGUACCAUCGAUCCAGAUUUCUCGUCGUACCCCUGAGGGACGCAAGAACGAUGUGGAUGCUGUAAUGAACUGGAUGCGUACUGGAAAGUCUGACUCUGAAGAUCCAACCGGAGACUUCACCAAGAUUGACCAAAUGUUGCCACAGAAGAAGGGACAAAAGCCCGAGGAUCGCGCUCGUGAAAUCGAAAGUGCUUUGGAUUGGAUGAGAAACAAUGAUGUUUCGCCUGAUGACGAAGAGUUUGUAGAUGAGUUCCAAAAGCUUGGAUCCAUCCCAAUGACUCGUCGUACUCCUGAGGACCGUGAAAACGAAGAGAACGAUAUCAUGAACUGGUUGCGCAAUGGAAAAUCCGAAUCUGAUGAUCCAACCGGAGACUUUACUCGUAUCGACCAAAUGUUGCCCAAGAAGAAGGGACAAAAGUCCAAGAGCCGUGCUCGUGAGAUCGAAGGCGCACUUGAUUGGAUGAGAAGCAACGGCGUUUCUCCAAGUGAUGUUGAAGAAACUCCAGGAUUUGAAUCUGUUCCAUCGAUUCAGAUUUCUCGUCGUACCCCUGAGGGACGCAAGAACGAUGUUGAUGCUGUAAUGAACUGGAUGCGUACUGGAAAGUCUGACUCUGAAGAUCCAACCGGAGACUUUACCAAGAUCGAUCAAAUGUUGCCAAAGAAGAAGGGACAAAAUCCCGAGGACCGCGCUCGUGAAAUCGAAAGUUCUUUGGAUUGGAUGAGAAACAAUGAUCUUUCGCCUAAUGACGAAGAGUUUGUAGAUGAGUUCCAAAAGCUUGGAUCCAUCCCAUUGACUCGCCGUACUCCAGAAGAACGUAAGGGGGAGGUUGAUGAUGUCAUGAACUGGUUGCGUAAUGGAAAAUCCGAAUCUGAUGAUCCAACUGGAGACUUUACUCGUAUCGACCAAAUAUUGCCAAAGAAGAAGGGACAAAAGUCCAAGAGCCGUGCUCGUGAGAUCGAAGGCGCUCUUGAUUGGAUGAGAAGCAACGGCGUUUCUCCAAGUGAUGUUGAAGAAUCACCCGAAUUUGAUACAGUUCCAUCGAUCCAGAUUUCUCGUCGUACCCCUGAGGGACGGAAGAACGAUGUUGAUGCUGUCAUGAACUGGAUGCGUACUGGAAAGUCUAACAAUGAGGACCCAACCGGGGACUUCAGCAAGAUCGACCAGAUUUUGCCCAAAAAGAGAGGUCAAAAUCCCGAGGACCGCGCUCGUGAAAUCGAGGGAGCUUUGGACUGGAUGAGAAACAAUGAUGUUUCUCCUGACGACGAAGAGUUUGUUGAUGAGUUCCAAAAGCUUGGAUCCAUCCCAAUGACUCGUCGUACUCCUGAGGAACGCAAGGGGGAGGUUGAUGAUGUCAUGAACUGGUUGCGCAACGGAAAAUCUGAAUCUGAUGAUCCAACUGGAGACUUUACUCGUAUCGACCAAAUUUUGCCCAAGAAGAAAUCACAAAAGCCAAAGGACCGUGCCCGUGAGAUGGAAGGUGCACUCGACUGGAUGAGGAAUAACAAUAUCUUGCCUGAGGACGUUGAACAAACCCCUGCGUUCGAAACGCUCCCAUCUGUUCCUGUUUCUAAGAGAACACCUGAAGAACGAAUGAACGAUGUCGAUGAUAUCAUGAACUGGAUGCGUAAUCCUCAAGAUGAAUCUGCUGACCCCACUGGAGAAUUUACUCGCGUUGACCAGAUGUUGCCCAAGAAGAAGGGACAAAAGCCCAAGGACCGCGCUCGUGAAAUCGAGGGAGCUUUGGACUGGAUGAGAAACAAGGGUGUCAAGCCUAGCGAAGAUGAACCCGUGUCAUCCUUUGAGAAGCUUGGAUCAGUUCCUAUUUCUCGUCGUACUCCUGAGGAACGCAAGGGAGAUGUUGAUGGUGUCAUGAACUGGUUGCGCAACGGAAAGACCGAGUCUGAGGAUCCAACUGGAGACUUUACUCGUAUUGACCAAAUGUUGCCCAAGAAGAAGGGACAAAAGCCAAAGGACCGCGCCCGUGAGAUUGAAAGUGCCCUUGACUGGAUGAGAAACAACGAUGUCUCUCCAGUUGAAGUUGAGCCCACUGAUGCAGGAUUCAAAUCUGUUCCAUCUGUUCCUGUUUCUAAGAGAACACCUGAAGAACGAAUGAACGAUGUCGAUGAUAUCAUGAACUGGAUGCGUAAUCCUCAAGAUGAAUCUGCUGACCCCACUGGAGA